CGAGCGGUACCUGAUCCUUCGACUCGAGACGACGUUAUCGAUAUCCCGAGAACUAUAUUUGCGACAGCUGGAUACUCCGGCAUACCUCAAAAGAUGCCGAGCCUCCCAGCAACGAUUGAUCUGGACGAGUGCAUCUCGCGCCUGUACAAGAAGGAGCUUCUUGCCGAGCCAGUGAUUGCUGCUAUCUGCGCCAAAACGAAGGAACUCCUUAUGCGGGAGAGCAAUGUUGUUCAUGUCCGAGCCCCGGUCACUGUUGUCGGUGAUAUUCACGGCCAAUUCUACGACUUGAUCGAGAUCUUCAAGAUAGGCGGCUGGUGUCCCGACACCAACUACCUUUUUCUAGGUGACUACGUCGACCGCGGGAUGUUUAGCGUCGAGACCAUAUCUCUUCUUGUUUGCUUAAAGUUACGAUACCCAGACCGUGUUCAUCUCAUACGAGGCAACCACGAGUCCCGCGGAGUCACUCAGUCUUAUGGUUUCUAUACCGAGUGCUCAAGGAAAUACGGAAAUCCCAGCGUCUGGCACCAUUUUACCGACAUGUUCGAUUAUCUCACACUGAGCGUGGUCAUCAACAAUGAAAUCUUCUGCGUCCACGGAGGCCUUUCCCCGUCCAUCCAUUCCAUUGACCAAAUCGUCGUCAUCGACAGAUUCCGCGAGAUCCCUCACGAAGGCCCCAUGGCCGACCUAGUCUGGUCCGACCCGGACCCGGAUCGCGACGAAUUCUCCCUGUCCCCGCGAGGCGCAGGCUACACGUUCGGCGCGCAGGUGGUGAAAAAGUUCCUGGCCGUCAACAACAUGAACCACAUCCUACGAGCGCACCAGCUCUGCCAGGAAGGCUACCAGGUCCUCUACGACGACCGGCUCAGUACCGUCUGGAGCGCCCCGAAUUACUGCUACCGUUGCGGCAACAUGGCCAGUGUGCUCGAGGUGAGCGACAUGGGAGAGCGCUUUUUCAACGUCUUCGCCGCCGCUCCCGAAAACGACCAAGUCAAGGACUUGCAGCCGUCCGGCAUGGAUAAGACGGCCGAUGGGAACGCGUUGCCCGAUUAUUUCCUGUGAUCGGCUGCUCGGGGAUUUUUGGAUCCAGUUACGGGAACAGUGGGGGAAAAAGAAGGGCUGCCCCCCCUCCCCCCCCCCAUGCAAACUCUCGAAGCUCGAUGGAACAGAAGC